AAGAACAUCUGCUAUAGUAUUUGGUAUUGUUAGUCUUACUAUCCUAAGGAUUUUUGUGAUUAAUUGAACAAAAGGCACUAAAUAUUAUUAACGUCAAAGUUUAAAUUCUUUAAAAUGUGUAUUAUUCUAAUAUUAUGACCACUAUAGAAUAAAUACAGUCGUUUAUGUCGUGCCAGUGCCAUGAAUUUAUUGGCUAAAGCGAAACUUGAGUGAUAUUUCUGUCUGUAUAUAAACAUUUUUUAACAUGAAAACAUAACGAAAAUCUGCAUAUUUUGUAAUAACAUGUAACAUGAGCCACCACAAAUUUUGGAGAGGUAUCGAACAAUUGAAGGUCUCGUCGUCUCUGGAUAUCCCAGAAAAAAUUGUGAAACUUUGUUCUCUUGGCGCAGACUUUAUUGCUCUAGGAAAUGACCAUGGCCUCUAUUAUUGUAAUAUUGAAGGAGAUAUUUUAAAUUUUAAAAGAGAGAAUGGUAUAACUGCAAUUGACAUAUCCUAUCACAAUGAUAUCCUGUAUAUUAUUAAUGAACAUGGAAGACUUUAUAAAACAAACACAAAUUUUAAGACUAAAGAAGAAGUAGUGGUCAAAGAAGAAUCAAAGUGUUGUCCACAUGGUUUUAAAAGUAGUAGUUCAAAAGUAAAGUUUAGAAAUGUUGUGUCCAGUGGCUUUGGCCAACUCUUUAUAAGUAGUGAUGGCCAUCUCUGGGGUUCAGGAGACAUGCCACAAAUUGGCUUAGAAUCAUCUAGUAUUAAGAAAGUUCCAUUUUUUGAAGGGAGGACAGUUUAUAGUGCAUCAAUAGGAGACAACUUUGCAGCUGUUAUAGCACGCAAAGAUGUAAGGCAAUCAGGUAAUUGUGAUACAGACAGUGAUAAUGAUGAUGAAGAAGUAUUUGCCUCAAAUUGCUCUCAAUGUCAAACUAUUAUUGGUCUAGCAUCUCCUGCCUCUGUGCCAUCACUCUCUGAAACAUGUCCAUUGGGAGUUCAUAUAAGUAAAUCUAGUGAAGAUUCAAGUAGUACCACCGCUCCACAAACUGAUGUACAUGUAGAUGCUCAAAGUUUCACUGAAGAUUCUAGUCCUUCCUCUGAGGAAUCAAAAAUUAUCAAAAAAGAUUUCCCUCUCCAUGUUAGUAACAACCUAGAAUUAGAUGGUAUAUCAAAGCAUGAUGAAAAUGAGGCUAAUAAUACAGAUGAUAAUAAAUCUUUAGAUGCAAGCACAGAGAAACUAAACAAUAUUUUUAUCAACACAGAUGCAGCAAGACAAUUUCUUAGUAGGCAGCUAUCGUGGGUUUCUGCUGGAGAAGAUUACUUAGUAGAAUAUACAGAGAAGCCAACAAGAAUAAUAAAAGAGAAUGUCACAAAUAUUACUAAUUUUGUUUACGAAGGAGUUAAAACUGUUGGUGAUAAAGUUGCAACAUUAUCAAGACACGUCAGUGGCAGCAGUGACAAUAAUGAAACAGUGGAUAUUCAACAUCCCAAUUGCAAUGAUGACAUGAUAAGUUCACUGUUAUACAGUUGUAAUUCUGCAACAAAAUCUGACGAUUUGCAAUUUUCAACUAGCACAAUUAAUAGUGAAAAGGAAUUUGAAGUGACAAAAAAAGAUGAAGCGCUUAAAAAUAUGUCAAAACUUGGCAAAAAUAUUUUAGCAACAGAACUUUGGACAUGGGGUGAUAUAACCCAUGGACAGUUAGGUAUAGGAGACACAGUUAAAAGAGUGAAGCCAAUGGCUGUAAUGAGUCUAUCUGGAUUUGGUCUACAGAAAGUUUCUUGUGGUAAUUGGCACUGUGCAGCUUUAACAUUAGAUGGAAGAAUAUUUAUGUGGGGCUAUAAUCAUUUUAAGCAAGUCUGUUUAGAGUCAAGAGAUUAUAAGAGUAGUCCCAAACAAUUUACUGAAAAUUCAGACAGUGAUCGCAUCAGAGACAUGAUAGCAACUGAUAAUCAUACUUUAGCUUACACUCACAAUGAAAACCUUUAUUAUAUGGGAAAACAUACUGAUGGCUAUACAGAUGUUAUUGUGAACUUAAAUGAAAGUUUGAUAGAAAAUUCAGAUAAACAGUCAACAGAAAAAACUGUUAAGAUAAAGGAACCCCAAGUUUUUGGGCAAUCUCAAAACUUGUGCUAUCAUUGGAGGGUGUUAUCUAGUGGAACAAUAAGUUACUGUUCUAUAGAAGAGUCAACAAUAUGCCCUGAAUUCCAAAACCUAUCAAUUGCUCAACGUUAUUUGGAAGAAAUGCUCCUAAUAUAUCACUUACUUAUAAAGCCAUUCCUUAGAAAAAGCAAAGCAAUAAUUGCACAUUCCAAUAUAUAUGAAACUGUUUGUGAUAUUUUUAGUGACAUUUUAAAUCUAACAGCAUUAAAUGUUCUAUCAACUUGGCAGUAUGCUGAAAAACAUAUUAAUGAAUGUGAUAUCUCUUUAAUAAAAAAUUUAGAAGAGUAUAUUUAUUUGUACAAAAAGUAUUACAUAGCAGUAAGCAAUUUAAUUGUUAUAGGUGGUUUCGCUCAAAUAAAUAACAUUGUUGAUGUACCUACGAAUGUUUACAAUAUGUUUAGUGAUCAGUUACCUACAAAUAAACAGAAAAAUAAUAAGAAAACGUCCGAGGCUGUAGUAAGCUUGGCAUUUAUCCAGCCCUUGGUUCGGUUAAGCUCAUAUAAGUGCAUUGCUCAAUCUUUAUUGCGCUGUAUAACUAAGAAAAAGAAAGGUGAAACUAAAACAAACAUUGAAGAGAAACUAACAAAGGUGGUUACCACAUUAGAUUCCUUAAUAGAAGAACAGGAAAAAAGGAGAAAAGAAGCUGAUAUAACUAAAUUAUUUUGGGAAACCAUAGGGAAAAGUUUGGAACAGUAUAGAACACCGGAACGAAGAUUAAUAAGAGAAUCAAAAUCGAAACCCCUUAAUCUUGUCAACCCUGGUCGAUUUUCCUCCCAUUGGUUCAUUCUAUUUAAUGAUUUAUUUGUUCAUGUGAAUGGAAGCACACCAAUACUUCAUCCCUUAGAAACACUAUGGAUUGACGCGUCACCAAAUGUAGAUAUUCAAAAUGGGAUACAAAUCACUACCCCUGAAGAAAUAAUUUCAGUUUCGACUAAUUCUGAACAUGAGAAAACAGAGUGGAUACAUGUUUUGAAUGCAGCCAUAAAAUCAGUAUUAAAGAAAGACACCUCAUUCACGCCACCGACAAUUAGAAGUGGCAGCUACGUUUUUUCUAGUAAGAGUUUAUUUUAUAAAGACGCUAAGUACGUCGGCCGAUGGCUGGAUGGUAAAUUGCAUGGCCAUGGAAAAGUCGAGUGGCCAGAUGGAAAAAUCUAUUGUGGGCAAUUUCAAAUUAAUACAUUAUGUGGUCAUGGAAAAAUGGAUAUACCAGGAGUAGGUAUCUAUGAAGGAAGAUGGAAGGACAACCUUCAAAAUGGCUAUGGUAUUAUGAAGUACGCAUGUGGUGAUAUUUAUGAAGGCUACUUUAAAGAUGGCCAUCCUCAUGGCCACGGAAUCAAAAAACAGGGAGAUUUCACGUCGUCUUCCGCAACAAUAUAUACAGGCGAAUGGGUUGGAGGAGCAAAACAUGGGUAUGGAGUCAUGGACGACAUUGGAAAAGGCGAAAAAUAUUUAGGCAAUUGGAGUGAUAAUAAGAAGCACGGCUGCGGCCUUAUUGUAACCCUCGAUGGUAUUUACUACGAAGGACUAUUUACACAAGACAUUCUCACGGGCCAUGGGGUCAUGGUUUUCGAAGAUGGAACUAAUUAUGAGGGGGAAUUCAGGGCAGCCGGUGUUUUUUCUGGAAAAGGAACCUUAACGUUCUCUAGCGGUGAUAGAAUAGAAGGAUCCCUUAAUGGUGCCUGGACUGAAGGUGUCAAAAUAUCUAAUGGAGUUAUGCAUCUCAAUGUUUCUAACCCGGCCAUGCCUCCAAACUCAAAGCCGAAUUCUUUCGGAAAACUGAGUGUUGCGCCAAAUCAAAAAUGGAACGCGAUUUUCCGACAGUGUUUCAACUGUUUAGGCGUUUCCGAAACGAUCCUAACACCAACCGGCAAUCAUUUUACCAAUGGCCCAUGCCCUACUUUCGAUAAUGUGAAGAUAUGGCAAAAUGUCGCCGUGACUAUAUCGUGUUCACAGAAACAUAGUCAGACUCCGAAGAAAAACGGGUCGGAUUUAGAAAAAUCUGUCGAUUGUUUAGAACUUAUACCGCAUUUUGGCCAAAAAACCCUCACCCUUCACGACUAUACGGAAUUGAAGCUGUAUUUACAAAAUGCCUGCGAAACAACCCACCAUCCUCUAGGUCAGCUAGUAUUAAACGUCACAAAUGCUUUUAACACGACGUAUGGUGGUGUCAGGGUACAUCCCCUACUUCUGAGCCAUGCUAUCAAAGAACUAAAGUGUAUUACCACGAGAUUAUACCAAGUUGUUAAGCUUUUGUUCCCGGCGUUGCCUGGAGAGGGCACUGAUGUGGUUUUACCAUACGAAGAGCGGGAGGAGGAUGGAAAUCCUAUCGAAGGUGAAGUGGUAUCAGCGGCUUCCUUACUUCAACCCACUCUCUUGCCGCGAGUGCACCCGGCACUGUUUGUCUUGUAUGCGCUUCACAAUAAACGGGAAGACGAUUUGUACUGGCGAAGGCUGAUGAAGUGGAAUAAGCAACCCGAUACCACUCUUAUGGCCUUUUUGGGGAUUGAUCAAAAAUUCUGGGCAAAAAGCACCCACCAUUCUCCCACCUACUCACCGAUGAAGGAACAGCUCUUCCAAGAUGCUGUAGAGACUCUUCAGCAGCUCAAGACAACGUUCUCGCCUAUUGAAAAGCUGCUCGUCAUCAGAUCCACCUUCCAGAAGAUGACCGUUGCUGUUCAACAGGAGUUAGGAGCCCAAUAUCUUUGGAGUAUGGACGAUCUAUUUCCAGUAUUCCAUUUUGUUGUGGUGCGCGCGCGCAUACUUCAAUUGGGUUCAGAAAUUCACUUUGUUGAAGAUUUUCUUGAACCAGCUAUGCAACAUGGGGAAUUGGGACUCAUGUUUACCACUUUAAAGGCAUGCUACUUCCAAAUUCUUCAAGAAAAAAUGUCUAUGAAUUCUUAAAAAAUCUAUAUUUGCUUAGUCUGUACGCUAGUUGGAUGUGCUUUAUAGAAUUGAUAUUUUUAGAAUUAAAAUUCAAUGAAAAAUAAAUAAAUAUUGGUGGAAAUUAAUGUUGCCAUUAAAAAAAAUUCAUAGACAUGUUAUAUCAUUCACUAUAUAUGGAGUUACAAUUUAAUUAGUAAUUAUUGAUGUUAAGAAACGUUUUAAAACUUUAUCGACUUUUAGGAUAAUGUUUUAAUGUGAUGAUUUCAUAAUCAAUAUAAAUCGGUUGUAGAAAUUUUGAAAGGUAAAGAUGAAAUGAAGAAAUACAUACAUACGUGUUUCAUGUUGUGAAUGUUUUUUUUUAUAAAACACGUGAGAUAAUACUAAAACCAUUGUAAACAAAAACGUUUCAUUAUUAUUAUAUUACAUGUGACCACCGUUUUUCUAAUUCCACCGAUUCUUUUGCGACCUCCUUUCACUUUCAGAACUCUUGCAUGUUCACACAUUGAAUGAAAUCCUCAAUUAAUCACACUCUUGCAUGCUCUAAUGCCAUGUUCACUUCGUUGAUACUUUGAUAUCGUGGACAGAGCAUCAUUUCUUAUUUUGGCUUCUGACUGAAACCUUUUAAUUAUCCAGCCUACGUAAUAUCUUAAGUUGGUUCAACGAAUAGUUUAGUUAACUAUAAGUUGAAUCUACUACGAUAAUGAAAUACAACACUUUAGAAUCUGUGUGAACCAAAGAUUUGAACAAAUUAUACAAUUGUUACUGGUAUGAAACAAUUGGAGAAUCUUUAAAUCUAUUUAAGAUUUUACAUGCUCUUAUGUAAACGAACAACAGUACUAUACGAAUUUAUGUUUUAAAACGGGUUUUAAUCCAUCAUUUUUAAAGCCUUUGUUUCUCUAUAGUCUUGUAUAAUGUAUCUUUCAAUUGUGAUAGCGAUCCUGAUUUUACUAUUAAGUACGAUAUAUAAUUGAGUAUAAAAAGCCAAUAUUGAAGCCGCGAUAUUGGAAAUUUUAGAGUCCCAACGCAGCGCAAAUGACCUCUGACCGUAGUAUUAUUAAAAAACCCUUAUGGGAUUCUUCUUGUUCGACUACAUAUUAUAUAUUCAACUUUAAAGUAUGUAGUACGGACAUUGAGUCCACCUAAACUAUGUAGUAUUCGAAGCGUUUACAGAGUUUUAACAAGAAAAAAUAAUGUUUUUAAUUAGCGUAUGUAUUUAUUUAUAUUGAUACAUUUUUCAGUUUAAUUAAAAAAAUACGAACUAUGAACAUAAUUACGGUUAAGAUUUUUCGUUACGUAUGCAAAAAUUAACCAAAUAAUUUUAUAUGAUGUUAAAUUAUUUAUGCUGAUUUUAAAAUAUUUGAUUUUAAUAUUUUUUCUUGCCAUUGUAAAAAUUACUUGUAUACUUUGUUUUGUUAAGUUUUAUUUCUUUUAUAUGACUAUUAGCUUUAACUAUUCCAAAGUUAAAAGUACAAGUUAUUGUAAUUGUUAAAAAAAAAUGUAUUAAAGUCAUAUUGUCUAGUGUAGUACAAAAUUAAUGUAUUGUGUCCCCCGGAUAUAUGUAUGCCAAAUUACAUGUCUAGACAUCGCAAUCUUGCAUGAUAUUGAUGUGGUUCGAUUCCCGGUGUAAUAAGUUUAAAUAAAUCUCUUAGCCCCCGGGACACAACGAGGCUAAAAUCUUUGUGUAUAGAAUAACAUAUCAUUAAAUAUUUAUUCCAUUGAAUCGUCAUUGUCCAUUGAAAUUCGUUAGCAAUCAUAAAGAUUUGGAAAUUAAAGUUCUUGCAAAGUA